ACCUGUCGCCGUGGCAACGGCCGGGGGGGAGGCCCGUCCUAGAGCAGCUCACGGUGAACAGACCAAAGAUCUCCGCUGUAGGAUAUAGGAUCUUUGGAAUAGACUGCAGCGUGUGUUUGAGGGCGGCCGAUGAACGGAAUUCUCAAAAUUAUUUCCAAAUAACUUUCUACCAGACACUGAGGCAAAAUGGCUGAAGGUUUGGCAAGUCUUUGUUAUCUCAAUACCCCUAUUUCUGAUCUCUAUAUUCUACAUGGAGCCGUCAUCAGUUCCUUGGGCAAGCAAGAUGCAAGGUGAAGAAUCCUUGGUGCUGCUUCAGACUUUAAAAUGGAAGAAAUUGGCAAAUCCAUCUCCCACACCUGAUAACAUCACAUGAAUUUAUACAAUCCUGAUUAUUGGUGGACUACACCAGCAUGGCUCAUUCAUUUGACUCUGCAAGAAGAGAGAUGACAGAUACAAUACAUCCCAACUAUCACACUGGUAGUUCAAGCACAGCAACAAAGUACCUGUUAAAGAAGCAGCACAAGCAAAUGAAUGGACCGCCCAGAGCAACUCGAUCUAAUUCACCCAUGGGCAGGGUGAUCCUUAUCACAGGUGCUUCUCCAAUUGAAGCUGGCACUGAAGAAUGUGAUUCGGCUGAGGCGAUCCACAACAUCACUGUAGGGAAAAGUCUGGAUGGGAAACUGGGAUUCAGUGUUCGUGGAGGCUCUGAGCAUGGUCUUGGAAUAUUCGUGAGCAGAGUAGAAGAAGGAAGUGCAGCUGACCAGAGUGGCCUCUGCGUAGGUGAUAAAAUGAUGGAGGUUAAUGGAAUAAGCUUUGAGAACAUUACGAUGGGAAGUGCUGUGACUGUACUCACUGGGAGCCAGCGUUUACGUUUGGUGGUAAGACGAUUGGGAAAAGUGCCAGGGAUCAAAUAUUCCAAAGAGCUGACUACAUGGGUUGACACAACAACAAGGAGGAUAAUAGCAGAGAAAACUCAAAGUUCUGGAGACAUUGAAUCUGAGGAUGGAGCCAGGAGAAUUAUCCAUCUUUACACCAGUUCAGAUGAUGUGUGCCUAGGUUUUAACAUCAGGGGUGGAAAGGAAUUUGGUUUGGGAAUAUACGUAUCCAGAAUUGAUCCCGGUGGACUGGCAGAGCAAAAUGGCAUCAAAAUUGGAGACCAAAUCCUAGCAGCCAAUGGAAUAAGCUUUGAGAAAAUCACCCACAGCAAAGCAGUAGAAAUCCUGAAGGGUUACACACACAUUAUGUUGACAAUAAAGGAGGUUGGCAGAUAUCCUGCAUACAAGGAAAUGCUGGCGGAAUACAGCUGGCUGACCAAAUUGACAAAUAAUCAUUCUCAGCGUUUUGGCUCAGACACAAAUUCUUCCACUUCAUCUCAUUCAUCUGGGACACCUUUGAGCUCCAUGAGUGAUUCUUUACAGGUCUUCCUCCCAACCACCCACAGUUCAACUGACAUGGUAGAUGUAUGUAUUUCCACAGAGGACUCCAAAUCUCUGCAGUACAAUCGUCUAGAGACAAUAGAGACGGCUAUGCAGACAGACCUCCAGCUGUCUCCCUACUCAAAUGUUGACAUGGCACGUGAGCAAAGGGCAGGAAAGGCAGCAACAGAGCGAAGCAGGGCACUUGGCCGCACGGUGCUCCUGAAGGAAACGGCCAUUAGGUCAGAUAGUAUUAAGGAAACUCGUAUCAGACCAAGGACUUACUCCACGGGAGACAGCGCUGAUGAAUUGUUGGACUCUCCAAAAACUGCAGUACUGGUGGCGCUGAGCAAACCAAGAAAACCAAUCAGCCGAUCACAGAGUUAUAUUACUAUAGGAGAGGACAAGAAAAAGAAGAAAAAAAAACAAAAGACAUCUGAGAAAGGAACAAAAUUGGAGCGAUCCAAAACAUUUAUGAACAUCUUUUUCAGAAGCGGACGAUCAGGAAAGCAGUCAAGUGAGCAGAAAGAAAAAGACAGAUCGAAAUCCCCAUCUCGCACAGAAUCAGACAAAGAUAAAGAAAGAGGCCAUCGCUUUAAAAUAUUGGGCCUUCAGAAGGACCAAAAUGGUCUCUCCACAAACGACUCAUGCAGUCACUGCCUAGCUGUGAUUGAGGAUAUUGCAAAGAAACUCCUGAAUCAAGAUGAAGUCAAUGCCAUUUUGCGUCACUGUGAUCAGUAUGUUUCAGGUGGUGGGGUGGAAGAUUUUGUGCGCCCUUUACUUUUUAUUUUGGAUAAACCAGAGAAACUGCUGAUACUGAGAGAAAUCAGGACCAUCAUCGGACCAACUGACCUGGGGAGGUUUGACAGUAUGGUCAUGCCUUAUGAAUUGGAAGCCUAUGAUAUUCUGAAGAUCAGAGCAGGGAGAUCUCCAGUGCUUAGGCAAGCUGACUAUGGAUUGACCCCAAAGCGACACUUGAUUACACCUAUUCCAGAUUUCAGAGGUGGCUUUCAUCUGAAACCAUCUCAGGAUUAUGAAAAGGAAAGAAUGAUGGUGGAGGAAAUCAAGAGGUUAAAGAUCUCUGCUUCAAUCCAGCAAGAAAAUAACCAAAGACGAUUCACAGCUUUAGAAGACGUACCUGUGGAUAGGUAUGACAUGGAAAACACUUUGUUUAAACCCGCUUCUCGCAGUCCAGUGAGGUCAAACUGGUUGCUGGCAGAGUCCUGUCAGACAGCAGUCCAACCAUCUGCUCCAAAGCAAGAUGCCAAUACAAUACAAUCUGAGGUGUUGGACAAACGGCCUGGCAAUGGCAAAACCAGAGGAUCAACAAAGUCAAAGCAACACAAAACUGAAAGAGAGAAAGCAGAGAAAAAUAAAGACACGCCGUUGUAUUCAGUGGUGAACAAGUCCAAAAGUACAAGGCCUGUUUUAGAUCAAGUGUUUGAAAAAACUUUGCCCAACAGCAACAGAGGUUUACGCAGCGUAACCACAACCAGGGAGAGCCAAAAUGAACUCAAGGAGGAACCGGUUUAUGCAGAGUUUCAGGAACUCUUGGAAAAUGGUCACGAAGAAAGAAAAAACAUCAAUGAAGGAAUAACAACAAGGAUGGGGAAAAGCGCAGAAAACAAAGUACAAGAAUAUGACCUGGUGACAGUCAAAGUCUCCAAGAUGAAACAAUCAUUAGGAAUUAGCAUUUCAGGUGGCAUUGAAUCUAAAGUUCAACCUGUGGUGAAAAUAGAGAAGAUUUUCCCUGGAGGGGCUGCAUCGGCCAGUGAAACUCUUAAGGCUGGUUACGAACUGAUUUCAGUUGAUGAAGAAAGCCUCCAAAACGUCACACACCGACAAGCAGUGGAUAUAAUUCGUCGAUCGUACAGUAACAAAUCACUGGAGCCAAUGGUGUUUGUGGUUAAGGUACCCAAGAACAGCUGAAGAUUAAAUCUGUCGAGAUGUGAUAGUCUUCGCGUGUACAGUUACUGAUUAUUACACAACGUGAAAAUGAAUUAUCGGCAUCCGUCCACAGAGUGUCAAUUCAUUCUGAAUUCUGAAAUCUAUGAACGACUUCAGAACCCAGGCACUUUAAUUCGAAAGGACCACAUUGAUUUCAAAGAAAUUUGCUAAAUGUUCCAUACAGUGGAUGGACACCGAGUACUAUAUGUGAAUGGAUCAUUACUGUGUAAAUACAUAUUGUGCAGACCGGUGUAAUAUAAAAUGUCUAGAGCGGUCUCUUACACAUAGGCACGUGGUCUUUAAAUCACUUUAUGAAAAACAUUGCAAUUUUUGUAUCACGGUUGAGGAUGAAUUUUGGACUAUUAGUGUUAAGAUUGUUAGAGUUCAUAAGUUAUUGAAGCAGAAUUAGGCAAUUCGGCCCAUCGCGUCUACUCCGCCAUUCAAUCAUGGCUGAUCUAUCUUUCCCUCUCAACCCCAUUCUCCUGCCUUAUGCCCAGAACCCCUGACACCAUUCCUAAUCAAGAAUCUGUCAAUCUUAAAAAUAUCCAUUGACUUGGCCUCCACAGCCGUUUGUGGCAAUGAAUUCCACAGAUUCACCACCUUCUGACUAAAGAAAUUCCUCCCCAUCUAUCUAAAGGUGCAUCCUAUUAUUCUGAGGCUCUGGUUCUGGACUCUAGUGGAAACACCCUCUCCACAUCCACACUAUCCAGGCCUUUCACUAUUCGGUAAGUUUCAGUGAGGUACAGGCCCAAUGCCGUCAAACGCUCAUCAUAAAAAUCUUUUAAACACUCAGUCCUGAGUUUGAUUAGGGAAUUGGCACUUUUAUAUUGAGACAAUGCUAUCAACGUCAGAUUAAUGGUAUUCCCACCAUCAGUAACAUUUUGCUUUAUUAAAGUGGAUAGCCAUCCCAUUGAUAAUGGCAUUAGAAGUGUUUCUGGGUCCCUUUUAUGUCCACUUUUCAAUGCUAACAUUUUAUAAGGAACAGCACCACGACAGCAGGAGAUUUUUCCCUGAGCAUUGGUUCCUAUUAAAUCAUAUUAAAUAGAAGUAGCUCCUGAUACACCAAAAUACUUUUUUUUUUGCAGCCUUAUUACCAAAUUCCAUGUCCAUUCUGUAUGCUGCUUCUAUUUAUUUAGAUUAUUUUUCAAUUCCAAAUCAUCUGGAUCUUGUUUACAGCCUGAUUGUUAACCAAAGACAUUUGUAUUUGCAAUGUUGUACAUGAUAGCUAACAACACUUAAUUCUCUGUGAUGAUCAAACAGUGCCUUAACUAUAUAUGUGAACUUCCUUUCCAUAGAAAACAGAAGAGCAAAUAUAUUAUCUAACUGCACCCUUGACAUUUUGUGAAAUAAAACUUGACAUUAAAACAUAA